AUGUUAGAGACAGCAGAGUUGAACUGGACCACUUUCCUUUGGUGGAUGCUAAUGUUCAUGGUCACUGGUCGGAUCCUGGGAACCCUGGAGGGAGAGGACGGUAUAUCCUCGUGUGAGGCAGGGUACUACUGUCCGAGGGGCAGCCUGGUUCCGGUGCCAUGUCCGAGUGGCACUUUCGGACCACUUGCAGGAGCCCGGUCAUCGGAGAGCUGCAUUAGUUGCCCUCCCCAUCAUUACGGCCCCCGACCUGGUCUGACCGCUUGUCGCCCCUGUGGACCCAGGGCUCACCAGGAUCAACCCGGACAGAACCACUGCGUGUGCCAGGGGGAGGGCCAAAGGUUUCAGCCCAGCGAUGGGCGCUGUGUCUGUGCCCUGGGGUACACGCCCCGGGGAGACGAGGACGUCUGCGUGCACUCUGUGUACGAGAUCUGCAGGGGCAGCCAGACCCGGGGUCAACAUGGACACUGCCUGAGCUCAGAGGAGUGGAGGCAGCACUGCAGCCUGCAG